GCUCGAUCGCCACGCCUUACACUCGAGAGGUUGCAAAGGCCGGCAAGCUGGGGAAGAGAAGGUAUUCCGGUGAAGACCUUGGUGGUCCCCCUAAGAAAGCUAUGGCAGUGAGUCGCCCCAAACACGCGCCCGUUAAUGGAUGCGCUGGCGCUGUGUAUUCGUAAACAGCUACAACAGCAGCACCACUACAACCUACUUCACUUCUCGCGGAGCAUCUUUCUGACAAACAUUAGGACAAAGACACAAUGCAGGUCGACGACCCUGCUGCUGCUGUCCAGCAGCUAAAGCACGCCGAUGGCGAGAUCGACGAGUCUCUGUACAGCAGACAGCUGUACGUGCUCGGCCACGAGGCCAUGAAGCGUAUGGGACAGUCUCACGUCCUUAUAGCUGGGCUCCGCGGCCUCGGUGUUGAGAUCGCGAAGAACAUCGCUCUCGCUGGAGUCAAGUCAUUGACGCUAUACGAUCCCAAGCCCGCCGCUCUCGCCGAUUUGUCGUCGCAAUUUUUCCUCCACCCCGAGGACGUCGGCAAGCCUCGAGCAUCUGUCACCGUUCCCCGCGUCUCAGAGCUCAACCCAUACACACCAGUGCACGAGUUCUCAGGGAGCGACCUGACGUCAGAUCUGUCGCAGCUGAAGCAGUUCCAGGUCGUUGUUUUGACAGACACACCGCUGAACGACCAAAUUAAGAUUGCCGACUACUGUCAUGACAAUGGCAUCUACGUCGUCAUCUCGGAUACGUACGGUCUGUUCGGUACCAUCUUUACAGAUUUCGGCAAGAACUUCACCGUCACCGACACCACCGGCGAGAACGUCAACAGCGGUAUCAUUGCAGGAAUCGACUCAGAGGGCCUUGUGUCUGCGCUGGACGAGACUCGGCAUGGUCUUGAGGAUGGUGACUGGGUUACCUUUACCGAAAUCGAGGGCAUGACUGGGCUGAACGGCUGUGAGCCUCGCAAGAUUGAAGUAAAGGGCCCAUAUACGUUCUCCAUCGGCGAUGUCUCCGGACUGGGUGAAUACAAGAAGGGCGGCCAAUACAUCCAGGUCAAGAUGCCCAAGAUCUUGAAUUUCCAGCCUCUCAGCCAGCAGCUGAAGAAGCCUGAGCUAUUGAUUUCCGACUUCGCCAAGUUUGACCGACCGCAGCAGCUGCACGUUGGUAUUCAGGCUCUUCAUGAAUUCGCCAACAAGCACAAUGGGGAAUUCCCUCGCCCACACAACGAGAGCGAUGCUGCAGAGAUUUAUCAGAUCGCGCAAGGACUUGCUGGCCAAGGAGAGGACAAAGUUGAGUUGGACGAGAGGUUGAUCAAGGAAUUGAGUUUCCAGGCACGUGGUGACCUCAGCCCGGUCGCCGCUUUCUUCGGAGGUUUAGCCGCUCAGGAAGUACUGAAGUCAGUGUCCGGCAAAUUCCACCCUAUCGUGCAGUUCCUCUACUUCGAUUCGUUGGAGUCGCUACCUACGUCGACCAAGCGCUCGGAGGAGCAGUGUGCUCCUAUUGGCUCGCGAUACGAUGGUCAAAUCGCUGUUCUCGGAAAGGAAUACCAGGAGAAGCUCGGAAACGUCAAGGAGUUCCUCGUCGGCGCUGGUGCGAUUGGUUGCGAAAUGUUGAAGAACUGGGCUAUGAUGGGACUGGGCGCAGGACCUAAGGGUCAAAUCUGGGUAACCGAUAACGAUCAGAUCGAGAAGAGCAACCUCAACCGACAAUUCCUGUUCCGACCAGCAGAUGUUGGCAAACUCAAGAGUGAGGCCGCAGCGAAGGCUGUGCAAGCCAUGAACCCUGACUUGAACGGCAAGAUCGUGCACAUGCAGGAGAAGGUCGGCCCAGAGACAGAACACAUCUUCAACGAGAAAUUCUGGGAUAACCUUGAUGCUGUCACAAAUGCUUUGGACAAUGUCGAAGCCCGAACAUAUGUCGAUCGCCGCUGUGUAUUCUUCCGCAAAUCAUUGCUGGACUCUGGUACCCUCGGAACCAAAGGCAACACCCAAGUCAUUAUCCCACAUAUCACGGAAUCCUACUCCUCGUCACAAGACCCGCCCGAGAAGUCGUUUCCUAUGUGCACUCUGAGGAGUUUUCCGAACCGAAUCGAGCACACCAUUGCCUGGGCUCGUGAAAUGUUCGAUACAUUCUUCGUCAAGGGUCCAGAGGUUGUGAACCUCUACCUUACUCAGCCCGAUUACCUAGGUGCGUCAUUGAAGCAAUCUGGCAACGAGAAGCAGACACUAGAAACGCUUCGGGACUUCCUGGUGACAGAGAAGCCUCUGACAUUCGAUGAUUGCAUUAUCUGGGCUCGCCAGCAAUUUGAGAAAAAUUACAACCAGGCGAUUCAACAAUUGCUGUACAACUUCCCGAAGGAUUCCACAACGGGUUCCGGCCAGCCCUUCUGGUCAGGGCCAAAGCGCGCUCCGGAUGCGCUGAAAUUCGACCCCUCAAACCCCACUCAUUUCACGUUUGUGGAGGCUGCGGCCCACCUCCACGCGUUCAACUACGGCAUCAACCCUAAGGGUGUUACGAAAGAACAUUACUUGGAGGUGUUGAACGAUAUGAUUGUGCCGGACUGGAAGCCCGACCCAACUGUGAAGAUCCAGGCGAGCGACUCCGACCCUGACCCGAAUGCUCAACCUGCAGGACCCGUUGACGACAACGAAGUUUUGAACAAGCUGGUAUCAUCACUUCCAGCGCCGAAGUCAAUGGCUGGGUUCAAGCUUGAGCCUGUGGAGUUUGAGAAGGACGACGAUACCAACCAUCACAUCGACUUCAUCACAGCCGCUAGCAAUCUUCGCGCUGAGAACUACAAGAUUGAGCAGGCUGACAAGCACAAGACGAAGUUCAUCGCUGGCAAGAUCAUUCCUGCUAUCGCAACCACCACCGCGCUUGUCACUGGUCUUGUAAACCUAGAGCUGUAUAAGCUCCUGGACGGCAAGACGGACAUUGAGCAAUACAAGAACGGUUUCGUCAACCUCGCUCUCCCCUUCUUCGGUUUUAGCGAGCCGAUAGCUAGCCCUAAGGGCGAGUACACUGGUCACAACAACGAGAAGGUACAAAUUGACAAGCUGUGGGACCGCUUCGAAGUGGAAGACAUCGUCCUCGAGGAGUUCAUCGACCAUUUUGAGAGGAAGGGUCUCAAUGUCCAGAUGGUCAGCUCGGGCGUCAGCUUGCUGUACGCAUCGUUCUACCCGCCGGCCAAGCUAAAGGAUAGGAUGGGUCUCACGAUGAGCAAGCUGGUCGAGUUUAUUAGCAAGAAGCCCGUGCCGGAGCACCAGAAGAACGUCAUCUUCGAGGUAACGGCUGAGGACCAGACCGAGGAGGACGUUGAGAUCCCGUAUGUCAUGGUCAAGCUGCAAAAGUAAAUGCCACUGGCUGGGUAUUGGAAGGUUUGGCGUAGUGAUGAGACGGCGUAUUGCUCGCUUGCAACGGAAGGUUGUGGAGGCAUCAUACAUAGAUGAGCAUUGAACGCGA